AUGCCUAUGUUGACGGGUGACAUGCUAUUUCACACGGCCGCACCAUGGAGCGGGACACGCCCUGAAAAGUUUGUAAAUAAUGCUCAGGAUCCUCCUCAGAGUUGCGAGUUCUUACAUUCACCUGUGCAGCGUAUGGAUCCUAACGUAGGCGUCUUGCCGAACUCCUUUCAAGCUGGCAUGCCCAUGGGCAUGCCCAAUUUCCCUCUUGAGACGAUGCCAUAUCCAAAUCAAAUACCAUGGCCUAUGGGAACGGCCGUGGCGCCCGUCGAUCAGGGAUCCCUUCUCAUUCCGCAACACCGCUGUGCACUUGUCAGUCCUUUUCUCCCGUUUAACGGCCGCGCCUACGCCUUUGUGCUCCCUUCCCCUUGUGGGGGGAACCCAACGUGCGGCGGUGGGGAGUUUUUGGGCGGCGCCCCACCCGUUGUCAGCCCCGACUUUGUCAACUCUGGGGGGUACGUGCCGAACCCCUGUGGCGCACACACCCCCGUGAGCGGGAAGCAGCCUUCAAGCUUCGGUGACACGGGUGAUCCCCAUUCCUGCGCGCCGUCGUCGGGGUGUGCGUUUCACCGCCACCUCCUUUCGCUCCUUCGGGAUUGCUUGCGGGAGUGUGAUGGCACACAGCAGCGCGGAGAAGGAGGGGGUGCCGUGAGCGGCGAGUCCUCCGUGGGUGCCGCGGUGAAGCUCGCACAGGACCUGAAGCUUCCUGGGGUGGUCUGGCGAAACGAUCCGUACAGUACUCGCGUGUUUGAGAUGACGGAGGUCGUCGGGGAAAGGGAUUUGACCAAGGACAAUGAGGGAGGGGACUGCGCGAACGCGCCUCCCCCCAUCCAGACCCCCCAUUACGGUGUUGAGGACGUGCACGCCAAGCAAACUGGGUUCGAGCCUUGCAGGUAUCCGCCCGCAGAGUGCAACCAGGCAUACUCCACGCCCCCGCACGCGGUGGAGCGCCCGCCGUCAUACAUCGGAGGGGUGAGUACGCGGCGGGCAUUCAUCUCAGCUCUGGAGCGCGAGGUGGCGGGGUAUAGCGCUUCUGUGGUGAGUGACAUAACCGCCAGCCUCCGCGCUCAUCAACCUCAAAGCGAACCGACCGUGGGCGGGGUGGCGCUCAAGGGUUCUACCGUCGCUCCGGCAACGAUAAAGGGGUUCCCCGUACCGCUUCCAUCUAUGUCGGACUCCGUCGACAACAGCCAUCGCUCAAAUCAGGCCCCUACCCAUGAUCGCAGCAGCAGUCGUUCACCAGCCCCGUCUAAGAGGCGCUAUGUGGCGCCUGGUACUGCUGUUGUGAUCCAGCACACCACGGAGAAGACUUCGGUGGCGACACAAUUUCUGUCUUUCCGUCCCUCUUCAUUUGGGAGUGUGCCCACAGAUAACACCGGGCAUCGUGGACCCGAAAAGCCCGGGGCGGCCUUGGAUUCGCGCUCACAAAGCCCAAUUCUGAUCACCGGCCUCCACGAUAUCCCAGCGACGCCCCUGGCCGACGAACCGGCCCCCCUCCCUCCCGCACUGCCCUUGUUAUCAGAGGUCUCCUCUGCUUCCACCGCUGAGGCUCGCAAGGACGGGUCGCGGCGGUCGCCGCCGCAGACAGAGAAGAGGACGGACGACCCCCCUCUUCCUUCUCAACAACAACAACCCGCCCUCUCCGCUCCCCCCCCUAUCACCCCCGUGAAGUUCCGCCGCUCCUUCGCGAAGACGCGACGGACGCUGCACCGGCAGCUUCUCCCUUACGCCCCCUUUAUCAGCCCGUCCGUCACCGCCCUCGGGACUCCAACGCCGGGACAGGAAGAGAAAGGACCGGUGGGACCGGUCUCGCCGCCCCUUCCUUUGGGCCUCGUGCCCCCCCCUCCCGCCCCGGCCGAAUUCGCCCUCCUGCAGCGUCGCCUGACCCAACUCUUCUCCCGUCUGCGUCACGCCGGGUGCUUCGAGGACGUCCUCGCGAACCGCGGCCGACGGGUCAACGCGCUGCAACGGGGACAAGGGGGGGUUCGCCCAUACAGUGAGGCCCAGCGCCGUGGCGCGAUGGUGCCGAACGCGGAGAGCUCCUACAUCUACGUCCUCCAGCAUCACCACCGGCGCUCCGCGUGCACGUCGGACCGGUUCUUCCCCGUCGGGACGCUCGUGGCGGUGGAUGGGGAUAUGGGGGCGGAGUCUGGCGUCGUGCAGCUUGUGGUCGGCAAGGCGGAGUUCGACGAGUUGACCGCACAGGAGCGACGUGUGCGGGGGUUGCCCGCACGGCUUCACACUGCGCAGCAGUUUUUGCUUUAUCGCGCCUCUACCGAUGAAGAAAAGGUGGUGUACACGACAUUGCUUGCGGAGCUUAAUCAAUCAACUCUUUGGUUUCUCAGCGCGCUUCGUCACCACCACAGCUUUGAGGCCUGCCGAAUCGAUCUCAUGAGCUUUACCGGCUGCGAAUUCCAGGCGGAUGGCCAGAAAUUGUACGUUUACUACGAAUCAAGCGAGCCGAUACGAUUUCUUGAGCUUGCGACCUACCUGCAUCACAUCUUUCAUUGUCGCAUUUGGAUUGAGGAAAUGUCCAUAAGAUGCAAAAAGAUGGGCUUGAAGACAAUUACCAGCGGUUGCGCUACACAAGGGGGUAAAAAGGGUACAAUUCUAUAA